AAAGUAAAAAACAUACAUCACAAUAUUUACUUUUUUUAAUGACUUGAAGGGUUUUGAAGGCAAACGAGGGAAGUAUUUUUGCCCCAUGGCGGACAAAAUUCAGACGGGUCCCUUAUUGAUACCACAGGAUCAAUCUAAAACUAUCAUCGUUCAAGGAAAGAAUUUCCCAGAACCAGACGAGUAUAAAGGACAAAUAAAGUUACCAUCAAGGAUACUAAAUGUAGAGGGGAGAAGGAUAUCAAGUACUUAUUUAAUUUUCAAUAUCAGCAAGAUUGAAGACGCUUUACCCAAAGGUUUAUAUGAUGCAAGCAUGAAAGUCCUGUGGACAGAAGGGGAAUUUAACAUUGAAACUAGCUAUUUAACAUGUAAGUUAAUGUUGUACAGCUGUACAGGUCAAGCUGCUGGAGACUGUACCUUCUGUAAGGAUCUGGAACUCAGUCAGCCUGCAAUGAAUUGUAAAUGGUGUGGUGACCAGUGUAUUUACAGUCUAAAGAACUGUUCAGAAUCUCUAUGUCCAGCCCCAAUUGUCAACAGUACAGAUUGAUCCAAUGGAUGGUUCGGUUGAUGGUGGUACUCACCUCACAAUCAACGGUAAAAACCUUGGCGUGUCAAGAAAACAAGUAGAUAAUAUCACUGUUGUUGGUGUAUUAUGCUCGAACAUUACGGUA